UGUACGGCCGUGAGGCCCAGAGUCAACAUGCUAACUCUCAUGGAUGUUCUCGUAAUCAGCGCGUUCGUCCGGGUGUCCAGUAAAUACGCGGGUCCUUACAGUUUAAAUAUCCUAGAGGUAGGUCUCUGUCCUAAAGAAGAGGUAGGAGACAUUGGACGUGAUAUGGAGAUCCAUACAAUCCGACAUCAUCAGCGAGGCUUUAGAUACCCCUUGAUAUCAGGAAACUUUACUGUUCGAAAUGGAGCAGGAAUGCCAGGAAAAAGUGCGCUUACAUUCCAGAUAGCCAAGUGGGAUACUGUAUCCGGAUGGAGGAGUAACUUCAUGGUGCUGAGAAUUGGAGAAACCUGCCGGGCAUUUAACAUGUAUGGAGGAUCAUACAAGGCGUACCUCCUGAAGCACUUUCCAUUUUAUCCACUGAAGUGCCCCAUCUACGAUGGGGCGUACCCGUUCUACAAUGUCUCUUCUCACCACGACUCGAUUCCGAAUUUUCCCAACUUGCCUUACGGCCGGUUCCGCAUGCACGGGUUGGGGCACCACUUACAAACGCCCGCCCACAAUGCCCCCAAUGGGUGCACCCGCUGGGUGAUCGAGAUCGUCGAGAAGGUCUCAAGUGGAGGGUAACAUCUCCCAUACAACAGGCGGAAGCGACACUGGUAAAACUAAAGCGUAACUCUAUGCUUGAGUCAAGCAUAAAGUUACGCUUGAAAUGGAGCAUACU